CACUUCCAAUCCACACAUUCACUCACUCCGAUCAUCAAAAUCUCAAAUCAAGAAAUUGAAAUUGAAAUCAUAAUUUUAUUUUUUCAGGAAAUUGCAGUAAGUUAUGUUAAUGGAUAUUAUGUCAGCUCCAACAUUGUCAACCUCAUCACUGAAUCCUAAUGCUCCAUUGUUUGUACCAAGAGCUUACCAAGCAGUUGAGGAUUACUCAGAUGAAUGGUGGGAACUCAUUCAAUCAUCUCCAUGGUUCCGUGAUUACUGGCUCAAAGAAUGUUUCCAAGAUCCUUCUCAGUACUCUCCUUCUUCAGAUGAUCUUUAUCAUCUGAAUAACAUGGAUGAAGCUGUCUUUGAUGCAUUCACUAAUCAAGAUGAGGAUGAUGUGGAAGAUCAAGCGGAAGAAGUAGAGAAGAAUUACUACAAGGAUCUGAUAUCAUUUGGAGUACUGAAAUGGAGGAAAUCUCAAGGUCUUGCUGAGAAAAGCCCCAAGUAUGAGAAAGCGCCUAAGUUUGUUAAGAUGCAGGUUAACCCAAGGCCUAUCCAGCAACCUAGGUAGGUAAUCAAUUCAGGUAGGUCAUGGAGAGUCCAUUGUAGAUCUGGUUUCUCUUUUUGUAAAUGAAAAUCAUUAGAAAAAGGAAAAAAAAAAGAUUGGAAUUUAGAAUUAAGAUUUAAUUUUAGUUUGUAUGGAAUGUGAAGAUGUUGUUGUUCUUAGUAGUUGUUUUCUUUUUUAAGUUUACAACAGUUUUAAUGGUCGAGUUGAGAAAAAUGUAGUUAAAAUUUAGAGGAAAAUAUAUCAAUAAAAAGAAAAGGGAAACUCUUUUGAUUAUUUUAA